CGUGGUUGACUUGUGGCUGAAAAUUUUCCAAGAAAAGGAACUCCUGAAAAUUCCAAAAUCCCAGGAGGCCAUAUCGGUAUUUUCCUCAAUCAAUGUUACUAAUUUAUCAUACACAAGCAGAUUUCCAUUCAGUUUUAUUCUGAAGCCAAGGUUUGAACAGCUCUGGAAACAAGUUCAUGACCUCCAAGGGUUUUCACCGCUGCCUAAACUGCACCAGGUUGAAAAAUGUCAAGACAUGAUUCACUUUCAGUGGAUAUAUGACAUUAAGAAAACACACACAUUGUUUGCAAAGUAUGCUGAGGAUCUAGUAAACAUGUCAAUGCCAAGACACCCAGAAGUCAAUAAGCUGUUUUCAGAGGCCCUUGUGGAACUAUCGCAACGCGUGUAUGCAGACUUGACUCAGGAACAUGCUGAAAAUGUCUCUCUCAUUUGGCUCCAUGUCACAUACGAGUACAUGCGUGACAAUCAUCAGAUUUACCAAAAGCUGUCUCAGCAGUACAGUAGCUUGUUAGCUACAGGGCAAGCGAAGGAGGCUACUCAGGCUAUCAAACUUAUACUAAAGGAACUUGAGCCCACUGAUGACAAACUGAAGGGUUUUGAGAGCUGCCAGAAAUGGCUAAAGGACGUCAAAUCAGUGUCAACCGCUGUGGAGUUUAUUACCUCAGAGGAUUCAUUAAUUUGGCAGCAUGGGGAAAAUGGAAAAGCCUUGGUCAAAGACAUACAACUGCUGUGGCACAGUACACAGGUGGUGUACUUGCUCAUCGAUCACCUUUUCUACGAGGAAACUGAAAUAGAUGAAAAAUUGCUCAGCAUUGUUACAAAGAAUUGCAGAUUCCUUUGGAAGAGAUUGGAAUCUAAAAAGGAAACAGACAUGGAAAACACUUUUAAAUGGAUGACACAAGUGCUGAAGCAGUGCAACACGAAUGCCUGCAACAUCUAUCUUGAUGGCAUAACACACUGUGAAUACUGCAAGCAAGAAUUUAAAGACCCAGCUGAAUUACAGUGUGGACACAUUUUCUGCAAGUCUUGUCUGGAAGAAGUAAAUGCUAAAAAGUGUCUCAAAUGUCAAAAAGACAUAACAGAGCUCAACUCAUGUGACCUUGGGAAACGGGAGACCAUUGGAAAACUCAGCAGAUUCAGAAGGAAGUGCAACUCUUUUUUUGUGGAAUUUCUCUUGAAGUGCUGCGUUAACAGCAAACAUAAAAUGCCUGAUCAAAUUAUUAACAUGCUACUGGAAUUUGUUAAAAGGAACACUUCAACACAACAAGUCAAAGUUUGCAGAAGGACGACCGAACUGUCACCAUUUCACGAGUGUAUGGAGCCAAGCCCUGCUGUACAGUCACUGGUGCUGAAAAUCCUUCUGAGAUGCGGACUGGACCAAAUGAAGCCUCACUUACAGCGGUUUAUCGAAGAGGCCGUGAAAUCAAAUGAAAAAAAUAUUGACGAAUUCUACUUCAUGGUUGUUCGAAGCACAGAGGAUCAGAUUUACACCUCAGAAUCCCAUGAAUCUCUGAUAACGAAGGCCACAGAAAGCCUUUGUUUUGACCAGGAUGUAUUUCAGCGCAACACUUCAGAGGUGACAUAUGAAGAUCUGCACACCAUAGCCAAAAUAAGGUUUGGCAUCACAGUAGCGGCAAGUGUAAUUGAAAGUUUGGUGCUGAAAAAAGAUGCAGAUUCCCAUGGGUUGAACAAAAAAGAUCUUCUGCAGAUAUUGAAGGAAGUCAUACCAAAGAAUUUAUGGAUCCAGACGUUUUUGCUUCACAACCUGUACAAACUGAUUGGCUCCAAGAUUAUUGAACUCAUUCUUCAGACUGACGACUUCAGAUGGAUUUUACCGAGUGACUUCCAAGAGAAACAGGAGAAAUAUGCAGUGAAAUGUGAAAUGCUCAUGGUGUAUGAAGAAAUUAACGAUAAGACCUCAUUUGCAAAUCCUAUCUCCAACACAAGAAAGGAUAUUGAUGAAAACCAGGAGAUGCUCAUUCUGUGCACAACACUGAAGGCAGUUAAACUGCAUAUUUAUGGUGAUGAUUCACUGAUCUCCAGGAUUAAAAAGGACCUGGAAACAGACGAGAAAUGGAAGGUACCAGCCCAGAUCUGUGACAGAAUGAGUGAGGACCGUCUGAAAGGGGUGGCACAGGAGCUGUCCCUUCAUGCUUCCAGCUUGGCUCUCUUGGUGCUUCAUACUGCACUGGUGGCCCACCUGUCCACCAAACCUGAGAUGCACCUUCUCAGAGCUCUCUGCUUCCACCCAAGCAGGGCUGAGAAUUGGUUCCUCCCCACAAUGCCUGAUCUGGUGCAUAAUACAGCAGAAUGGGAAGAAACAGCAAAAAGUGGAAAAGCUUGGAAAUGCAGCUGUGGUGAAAUUUUCCUCAUUGAAAAUUGUGGGAGACCGUAUGUAGUAGCCAGAUGCCCACGCUGUGAGAGUCCUGUUGGUGGGCUUUACCAUAAAGCUGAGAAAGGUUUCACAGAGGUUACGGAACAGGAUGAAAAGGGACACAUCCUAGGAGAUCCCAGUAAAAGGAGAUCACUGGAGGACUCGGAAAGGAGUUUGUCUGGUGCAGCUUUCAAUUUGGCAAGAGCCCUUAUACAUGCAUCCCUGCUGUGGGGGGCCACUGAGGACUCCGACGCGGUUAAAGGCAUUGUGAGGAAUCCAGGGUGGCAUGUUGGGAAGCACCUCUUUGAUCACCUCCAGAAGGACAUUGAUCUGCUUGCUAAAGCCACUGGGAGAAAUGCUGAAGAGGCUGAAAUGACAAUUCACCUCUUCCUGAAGCAUAUCAUGGAGAGCAGUUCUGGUAAAUGUGGUUCUGUUUUGCUCCUCUGUUUCACUGUUAGAUUAGUCCAGAGACCAAUGGAACACCAAGGAAAGUGA